UUGGCGCGGGGUGAAGUCCAGAGUUGGACUGUGGCAGCAGCACCCGGGACAUCGACGCGUUUCAACCAGCUUUGACAUGUCUGACGCGAGCAGCCAGGUACCCACAGACCCCAUCUCUGCAGUUGGAGUUGUCACUUCACUCAACAAGGCCCCUGAUGGCUACUAUGUUGUUGCACAAACAACAGAUGGCUCUGACGCCGACCUGUGGAAGGACGGCUUAUUCAAAUCCAAGGUCACUCGAUACCUCUGUUUCACCAGGGAAACUGGGGCUGACGUUGUUGUGGACAUGAAGCUGAUUGACAUUAAGGACGCAUUGCCAGAGGGCUUCACACCUGUGGAAGAAACAUUGGACACAAAGGAAACUGCCAUGAGGAAGAGGAAGCUCUGCGUGAAACUCAGCCCUCGUGCAGCUGCAGUGAUGGCUGUGUGUGACAUCCAGAUCGUUGCAAAGUCCAAGUACCACCUUGUUAACUACACCUGUAUCGGUGAGAGGAACAAUAUGGGGAUAUGGUACCGAUUAGGAGACGUUCCUCAGCCUCAGUCGUCCCAUGAAACGUCCGGUACAGCUAACAGUGACGCUCCACCCAGCACUGCAAGGGUGAGGACGACAAGCAGGCCGCUCUAUGAGCACCAGAGCAGUGGGAGCUACACCAUGACAGCUCUGGACGAUGUGCCCUUUGUGGUCUCUGAGAGGUUUUGUAAAAACCCCAAAGAGAUGCAGCAAGUCAAUUUAAUGGGCAUUACGAUCAAAUCCCUGGCAGAGAUCGAGGAGGAAUUUCACUACAACUUCAGCACAGAGCAAAGCAUUGCUGUGUAACUUUCCACCCAGCGUUUACACCCUGGCAGACGGACCCACGAGGACUGAAGCAUGACUCAUGGACCUAAAGGAAUCAUUUAAAUUAUAAUGUAUUAAUGAAAUUCAAAAAAAAGUUUAGAUACAUAGCAACUGUAUAUUAUGUAAUUUAAGAUUUUUAAAAAAGUAUCUUUGGUAACACUUUAUUUGGAUACUCCACCUAUAGAUAUUUUUUUAGAGUAUUUGUAACAUGUCACCAGCUUAUUAGUUGAGAUUCAACUGUUUCACUUUGUCUGUACAUCUAUGUAUAUCUUUCGAUUAUAAUUACAAUUCACUACAUGUUGAACUUGAAUAGUUCAAGUUCAACUAAAUUAUUCUGAAAAGAUGUAGGUAUGGUCAUGAGUUGUGACGUACACAUUUACAGAAUAAAGUGAAACAACUGAAUUGUUGAAUUUCAUCUAAUGUGUUGAAAUCUCAGAAAUGCUCAAAAAACUAUCUCAGACUAUCCAGAUUAAGUGUUACUGUCUUUUAACCUUGAUGGAUUCUAUUAAGUGAUUCAGCAUUUGAAGUAUUUUUGAUAAUGUACAACUGUGCAUAUUAAAUUUUAGAAGAUUUUCAACUUAU